AUGAACUGCUGGAAAGCCGGGCAAGAAAUCUUUUCGCUACCAUAUAUGGAAGGUGACGCAUGGCCAGAUGAGAUCGAGACUACGAUUGCAAAAAUAAAUAAAAAUUAUCAAUUAGAAGCACAAGCACAAAUCAAACAACUGCUGUCGAAUGAAUUAAAAAUCUUACUUAAGAAACAUGCUAAGUGUACAAAAUGUGAUGAUUUUGAUCUUUGUACUGAUUGUUAUUCAAAACAACAAACGCCACAUGAACAUCCGUUGACAAGAAUUAAUGAAAAUGAACAAAAGCAACAAUCAGUAAUUUUACCAUCAGUCUCAUCACCCGACUUAUUACUGGCACCAACAACAGAAGUUGAGAAUGGAUCAACAAUUCCGGUAAUAAUUUAGAUGGUUUAAAAGAAAAACUCCAAUUUACUCUUACGAGGGAAACAUAUACAAGUGUCUGCUCGCUUUUUAUCUGAAACCUAAAUCUACACGACCUUUCUUUGCAAAGUUAUAGAACUUACACGAAAAGCCCUAAAUGUUCAUUGCCACCUCAAAUCUACAGAAAUAAGAAAUCAAUUUCGGGCUUUUCUUGUAAAUUCUAUAACUUUGCAAAGAAAAGUCGUGAAGAGCUGGGAGAUGUCUCAUUUUAAUCGAAAAUUUGCGGUCUACAAUCCCACCGUAUUAAGAAAGGUUUCGGUUAUUUUUUAGAGCUUCUGAAAGCCUGGUUUGCCAGAAAUCAGGUCUCUGGGCCAGUCUCGUUGUGAUAUUCGUAUUAAGCACGUCUGAUUACCUAUUUUUCACUAGGUUCCAGAUAAAAACCGACCGGACACCAGCAUAUGUUCCCUCCUUAGUCACUUCACAGUUCAAUAACCUUACGAUAAAAUCAAAUGUUAAAAACGUCCAUUAUACUCUCCAAAAAAGACCGAUUGACAGUGCCUGCUGGUUGUUUGUCUCUUCGCCGUUCAAUCUGUUUUUUGGCAGAAAUACGUUUUUUUCUAAAAGUGAGGAAUAAGAUAGGAGGUCUAUAUGGAUAAUUUUUCCUGUUCAAUCUCAUCUAUUUGCAUGGACAGUCCGGUCUCCCUUAUGCAUAUGUGCAUAGACAAAACAAAAAUUUUGUCUACGUCCAUGCUUUGUCCAUGAAGGGAAAAGUGUUACUAUAGUCUACUUACUGAAGUAAACAGCUACAGCAACACUGUUUCCUUCAUGCUUCUAUUUUCCUCUCGAAAUGCUAGACUUCAUUUUUGUUUCUGUUUUACACGAGUGAAUAUAACAAAGAAAAGAUAAAAAAUAUGAUAUAUAUUAUAUAUGAUAUAAAUAUAAAAAAUUUUAAAACACUGAUUUUUUAAACAUGGGCGUAAUGCAGCCAAAUUUUGAAAUAAAAGCAGAUUUUCCACAAAAAUUUCGGUUGAAAAGUUCGAAAAAAAUGAAAGUUCUCCAAAAAUCCUGAGACACACAUCAACUAACUCAGCUUUUGAUGCUGAUUCCAAAUAUGACAUUGGUUUUGCAAAAAAUGAUAAGUUGACGGUGAAAACUGCAAAAUACAAGUGAAUUUUCUUGUUUUUUGCUACCUGUUUCAAGAAAAUUAAUUUUCUUAGCAACGGAACAAUAUUUUCCAAAACCGAUACUAACUUUUUUUCCACAAAUCCUAAAAAUAAUAUUUUUGAGGCCACCAGCCAGGAACAGAUCCUUAGGAAUCAGUUUGUUAAGAGAGAAAAAAGAUCUGAAGAAAAAAACGCAUUAAACCAGUGUAAAACAGACACUAAUUAAAUCAUUUUCAUGAAUGUAAUCAUUCAGUCAACGUUUGCAAAAAAUAUUCAUGUCUUACUAGGUAGAGAAAAAUUAGGCAAAGUACGUAUCGAACAGAAUACACGUAAAUAUUGACUUGUAUGAUUCAAAAAAGAACGAGUAAGAAAAAAUUCUCUUCUUUCUCGACGAAACGAGUAUAGAAGUUUACA